UGUCCACUAUGUGAUGGAACAUAGCGAGAUGGUUGCAGCAUUCUUCGAAAAGAUUCGUCUUGAAUCUGUCCUUGAAGCGAUCGCAAAGGGACUUCCAAACCUCAAGUACGCUAUUUGCUUCGAUGAAAUAACAUCUGAAGAUAAGGCUAAGUUUUCGGACGCCGGCGUUACGCUAUUUUUUCUAAAAGAACUGUUGGAUUUGGGUGCGAAGAAUACAGAGGUAAAGGCUGGCGGUCCCGAGAAGGAGGCAGCUUUCGAGGGUGCGUACAACAUGCGUCUCGCAGCUCUCAUGCGCGGUGAGGACACCCCGGUACUCAAUGAAAAGGUCUUCGAUCGAAUGAGCAUGGCUCUAGGAGGCCGUGUCAAGUGGAUUCUGACUGGUUCAGCACCCCUUGGAGUAGCUAUUCACGAGUUCCUGCGUGUCUGUGUGUGCCCUGUCAUCUUGAUCGGCUAUGGUUUGACUGAGACGACGGCUGGUGCCGCAGCCGCUCACUACAACGAUAUGAAGCUAGGCCAUGUAGGAGCCCCGCUGGAGUCGAAUGAAAUCAAGCUGACGAAAGAAGCUAUCGAUGAGGAAGGUUGGUUCCACACUGGCGAUGUAGGCCGAUGGAAUCCCGACGGUACUUUAUCGAUCAUUGAUCGCCAGAAGUCCAUCUUCAAGCUUUCUCAGGGCGAGUACCUUGCUGCUGAGAAUCUGGAGGCCAUGUACGGAAAGUGCGAUCACGUUGCGCAGGUGUUUGUAACCGGCGACUCAUUUCACGCGUACCCUGUGGCCGUCGUGGUGCCUGACCAUGAACUGAUUCUUGCGUGGGCUAAGGCGAACAAUGUCCAUGGUGAUGUUGCAAGCAUUGCCAAAUCCGCCGAGUUGAACGCUUUGCUGACCUCGGAACUCGAGGCGAUGCACAAGGAGAGCAAGUUAAACGGAUUCGAGAAGCUCAAAGACUUCAUUGUUGAGCCAGAGUUGUUCAGUAUCGACAAUGAGUUGCUCACACCCACUUUCAAACUGAAGCGUUUGAAUGCCACCAAGAAGUACCAAGGCCAGAUCGCACAAUUGUACGAUGAGAUCGAAAACGUCUCCGAUCUAAGCAAGACAACUAUUUAAACCGAAGGUAAUACUUUCCGACAUCUUCUCAGGGUGGGUUGAAAAAUUAAGCUCAGCUCCUCUGUUGCACACACCUAUAGUAUUGGGUAGUCCGAUGCGUGAACACACACAUGCUUGUAUUAAAAUGAAAAUUCUACGUCACUCAAUAAAAUUUUAUGUCAAGUAUGAG